AUGACGGCAAAAAAUGUUGGUGUGACUUCCACAAAUGGAGACUUGAAAGGAUUUAUAGAUCAGAACCAGAGUCCAACAAAAGGUAAUAUUUCAAUAAUCACAUUACCGGUUUCCAGCACCAACUCCCCAACUAAGAUUUUGCCAAAAACCUUAGGACCAAUCAAUGUGAAUGUUGGACCCCAAAUGAUCAUAAGCACAUCACAAAGACUGAGCAAUUCAGGGAGUGUUCUGAUUGGGAGUCCGUAUAACUCAGCUCCAACAAUGGUCACACAGACACACAUAACGGAAGCUUCUGGCUGGGUCCCCGGGGACAGAAAGCGGACUCGAGAAUUUAUAGAAUCAGAUUUUUCAGAAAGUAAGAGAAGCAAAAAAGGAGAUAAAAAUGGGAAGGGUCUGAGGCAUUUUUCCAUGAAAGUAUGUGAAAAAGUUCAGCGUAAAGGAACAACUUCAUACAAUGAAGUCGCUGAUGAGCUGGUAUCAGAAUUCACAAAUUCUAACAGCCACCUAGCUACAGAUUCGCAGGCUUAUGAUCAGAAAAAUAUUAGACGGAGAGUUUAUGAUGCCCUUAAUGUCCUGAUGGCAAUGAAUAUAAUUUCAAAGGAGAAGAAGGAAAUCAGAUGGAUCGGCCUUCCAACAAACUCAGCUCAGGAAUGUCAGAAUCUAGAGAUAGAAAAACAGAAGCGGAUUGAAAGGAUAAAACAGAAGCGAGCCCAACUACAAGAACUCCUGCUGCAGCAAAUAGCAUUCAAAAACUUGGUACAAAGAAAUCAGCAAAAUGAACAACAAAAUCAAGGCCCUCCAGCUUUGAACUCAACAAUACAGCUGCCUUUCUUAAUAGUCAACACUAGCAAAAGAACUGUUAUAGACUGCAGCAUAUCAAGUGAUAAAUUUGAAUACCUCUUUAAUUUCGAUAACACUUUUGAGAUUCAUGAUGACAGUGAGGUGCUGAAGAGAAUGGGAAUGUCCUUUGGGCUUGAGGCAGGCAAAUGCUCAGCUGAGGACCUCAGAACUGCAAAAUCACUGGUGCCAAAAGCUUUAGAAGGCUAUGUCACAGAUAUGUCUGCAGGAUUUUCAUGGAUAAGCCAAGGGUUACUUUCAGCACAAGCAGUUUCACAUUUAGAGGUAGCAGGAGGCACUUCUGAUGCUAAAUCGAGUGGGAAUCCAGGGUUGAGUUUGGAUGCUGAAGUGGCCUUAGCAACAGGGCAGUUUCUUGCCCCUAGCAGUCAACAGUCCAGCAGUGCAACAUCCCGCUACUCGGAAUCACGGGGAGAAACUCCAUGCUCAUUCAAUGAUGAAGAUGAAGAGGAUGAAGAUGAGGAUUCUUCCUCCCCAGAAUAAGGACAGUGGAAAACAGAAUAUACAAAAUGCUGCUCAUAAAUAUUGUUAAUGGGAGCUCCUGUUCGGAUUUUACUGAAGUUUCUUGCCUUGGUUUGCAUUGUGUUCAGUGAAGCAAAAUGGAGGCUUCAAAACAGAUUCAUCCAUGGCUGAAACUGAACACUUGUUGUAACUGAACAGCGAGUGCCGUGCAGACACAGAGCA